UAUAUUUUUGAUUAAUAUGUGUUGAUUGCGUUUAGAAAUUGAUAGCGUAUUCUGAGCUAAACUUGCAAAAUGGGUCUGCUGUCCGAUCCAUCGUUGUCGACGCACAACAAACUCGUGGAUAGUCUAGCAAAGCAUGUGCGGAAGGUCUGCUACACCUUUUACGCCGCGGGCGUAGUUUGGUUUUUCUGCCUGGCGCUGCCAGAAUUUAACCACGGCACCUAUUUAUCAGAAAACGCCUUGUCGCCGGGUCUGGUUUAUCCAGAAAUACGCAUAGAUGCCAAUAGACUGACAGUGCAAUUGCUGGAGGAACUGCAGAGAGAGCGCAAGGAUCAUACCGCGACAACGCCAUAUGCCUGGAUAACGGCCAAAUUUAAUGAGUUUGGUCUGGAGACACACACGCACAACUACACGCUGCGGUAUCCGUUUGGCGGUGGGAAGGAGUAUCAUGGCAAGAAUGUUUACGGCAUACUCCGUGCUCCUCGCAUUGGCUCCACUGAGGGUAUUGUGUUUUCAGCGCCGUACAGGGCCCCGAGCUCUGUUCAUCCGGAUAUAUCUCCAAGUGUGCCGUUGCUGCUGGCGUUUGCGGAAUUCGCGCGAAGGAAAAACUAUUGGGCCAAAGACUUGAUAUUUCUGGUGACCGAGCAAGAGCAGCUAGGAAUGCAGGCUUGGCUAGAGGCGUAUCACGAUGGCGAUAGAGAAGUAGAUCCAACCAAGGCGUAUCUAUUUCCCGGCAAUUUGCCGGCACGUGCAGGCUCCUUGCAAGCGGCUUUAAAUAUUGAAGUUCAGGAUCUUGAUAUCGAUUAUAUUGAUGUAAAGAUUGAGGGCCUUAAUGGCAAGCUACCCAACUUAGAUAUGUUCAACUUGGUGCAGCGCAUAAUGGCGCGCGAGGGCAUCAGCUCUGGUUAUAAGCAGACGCCGCGCAAAGCUCGUCGCUCAACGUUCUCGACAUUCGAGCAGAACCUGCGCCAUAUUAUUGCUAUGCUCACUACACAGAGCUCUGGGGUGCCCAAUGGCAAUCAUGGCCUAUUUCACCGAUAUCGCAUCGACGCUCUGACUAUUGCAGCCAUGAAGCGUACAACGCAUAGCAAUAUCAAGACGAGCCCCAAUUCAGUAGCCAUACCUCUUUUAAAGGCUAUUGAGGGCAUUGCGCGCAGUUUAAACAACUUACUGGAGCGUUUCCAUCAAAGUUUCUUUUUCUAUGUUAUUGUGCACAAUGAUCGUUACAUAUCCAUUGGAGAUUAUAUGCCCGCCUUGGUUGCUUUAGUGGCCUGUGCUUUUAUCAAGGCCUAUCUUACAUGGUCGACGCUGGACACCGAGUCAUCCGGCGCCCCUGAGAUAAACGAUUCUGAUACAUCGGACAAACUUCCCCUUCCCUAUGGUUCCGUGCUUAUUUUCUUGACGGCUGCUCUGCUUAUCGGCUAUUUGGGCAAUGUGCUGCCACUACAACAAUAUUUUCAGGAAAUCCCGAUGAGUGCUGCACCGCUUACGGCUUCCUUACUCACCACAUUGAUGCUGAUCGGCUUUGUGCUUCCUUUCUUUGUGGUGCUCCCUCCUGGUGGCUUGGAACUCUUACACAUUGGUCUGCUACUCAUAUAUGGCUGUGCACUGAUCGUGGUUGGACUCCUGAAUUUCGCCCUGGGCUUCUUUGUAGCCGUCAUCUCGGUGCCGUUGGUGAUAGCUUUAAACACAAACGCACCGGACACUCCUGAGAGCAGCAGUGUCGGGUUACGCGCUUUGAUCCGUGUUUACACAUUACUGCUGAAUCCUUUGGUUAUUAUCUAUGGCAUUGUUCUCAUUAUGACUUUCUAUCAGUUUCCUGAACUGGGGCUACAGCAGCUGCUCUUACGGGCGGCCAUUGCUGCCAUGGACGCCGUCACAUUCGCACUCAUAGAUUCAGUGAUCUAUGGUAACUGGCUUUACUUUGCCGUUUGCACUGUUUUCCUGCCAAUUUGGAUUAUCUGUUGGACAUUAGCACUCGCAAGGCGACGCGACCCGGAAGAAGAUGAGGAUGAUGAAGACCCUCAGGUCAAGCUGAAGACAAAUUAGAUAGUGUGUUGCUUAGUUUGAUUACGAUUCUAAGUUAUGUUUGUAUAUUCAUAAAUCCAUUUAUAUAUAUGCUUAAAAAACUAUAAUUAAGUAGUAUCUAUUAAUUUUCUAAAUAUAUGAGUAUAAUUGUGUCUGAA